AAAGAGGAGGGUGCUUGUUUUCCCCACUCUCCUCUGCCUCUGGUUUUAAAAUGUGAAACAGCUCUUUGAAGAGAAAGAGAGGGGAGGGCAGUCAUGUACUUCCACUCUGCUUCAACGAUAAGGAGUGUUUAGUGAGCUGAGGCUAACCUAAAUACCAAACGCAACACAGAACUGCAGCUAGAGAUACAGCUGAGGACCUGACACAACACAGGCAUGAACGACAUCAAGCUGGCCCUACUGGGAAGCCAGGGGGCUGGGAAAUCAGCUGUCCUUGUGCGCUUCCUGACCAGGCGCUUUAUUGGUGAAUAUGCCUCAAAUACCAACUCUUUGUACCACAAAAGACUGUCGAUCGAAGGCAGGCAGCUGAAUUUGGAGGUUUUUGACCCCUGCUCUCAGGGUUCGGAGGCCAGGUGUAUACUUGAAGAGCCAGUGGACUGGGCAGAUGGCUUUGUGGUGGUGUACAACAUCAGUGACCGCACUUCCUUCAUCAAUGCCAAAAACAUCCUGCGGCAGAUUCGGGAGACACGCAUGGAGAACUGCAAAGGGGAGAUGGAUGUUCCUGUUUGCCUGGUUGGCAACAAGCAGGACCUCUGCCAUGCUCGUCAGGUGCGUGAGGAUGAAGGCCGCGGUCUGGCGCAGGAAAACCGCUGUAAUUUCCAGGAGGUCUCAGCAGCCGAGAGUUACCAAGACAUUGCCAACCUCUUCACACAGCUCAUCCGGCAGGUGAUGGAGCACCUGAAGUAUCGCGCUGACAGACGACGCUACAGCGGCUCAAAGUCUAUGGCCAAACUCAUCAACAAUGUUUUUGGCAAGAGGAGGAAGUCCGUAUGAUGAUCCCAGUACAGUUAGCAGCUAAUCGGACACUGAGAUGUCCCUGCUGUACGUGGCCCUUAAGGGGAUGCAUCCUUAAUGUGUUGGGUUGGAUGUGUGAUGUGUUGGUCUAUACACUCAGCAGAAAACUGUUGAGUGUAUAGACAAUGACAGAAACAGUGAGCCUCUUUAUAUCAUGAGCAACAUGAGUGGUUGAUGGAAAGAUUCAGACGGCCAUAGUUACUAAAUUUACAGGCAAAGUUUUGUUUUUCCUUUGGUUAUUUUGACUUUGCCUUGGGUAUGUUUCUCUGAUGAAAGGGCCAAAUACAGUGAGGCAGUCAAAAAAAAAGCAGGUAUGUUAAGUAAAGCAACACUAUAGAGGAGAGGGAAGCAUAAAAAGAUAUUUACUACAUACACUUUUUGUACUUUUUCUCUUAAUGUGUAUUAACUGAACCUUUGGUGAAAUGCCUACUUUUUAUAUUUAAAGGACCUGUGUGUAUUACCGGCAUCUAGAGGAUAAAGAUUGCAACUAACUGAAUACCUGUCACUUUCUAAGCCUGUAACUAAACCUAAUUUGGCCUCCAAAAUAGCCUUUCUAUAGAAACAGUUCCACUUGUCCAUCGUGGGCUGCUGUACAAGCAUCAACAUGAGGACCUAUGUGUAGGAACACUUGCUCCCUGUAUAAAUAUGCAGAGGUCAAAAAACAUGUUUAUUGUUAAUUAUUAGACCAUGGGUUUCCAAUCACUGACUGUACUUGGUCACACUUUCCAAAAACAGAUCGGAUCUGGCUGAGAGACUGAAAACAGACGUGGAACGUGAACAUUCCACAGCAAUCAGCAGCUCUUGCAAAAAAUGUUUAGUUUGUUUUAUUUUAGUUGUUUUAACAUUUGUUAAUACUUUAUCAGGUUUUUAAUGCAACGAUAACAAUCUGUUACAUAACUACGGCUACUUUCUAGGCAAACUUUCUGUCUGAUUUAUUGGUGUAGUUUAAACGUAUGAAAAAAGGUUACCUUAACACUUUAUCUUUUUAUCUUAUUCCAACAACACAACAUGGCAGGCUGAUCAGCUGUCUUUUAUUUGUCGAACGCUCGCACUGCAUCACCGACUCCUGCAUCAGUACAGUGUGGGCCAACAGUGAUGACACUGAAUGAAACUUUCAACACCAUAUUGCAUGUCUUCAUUUUGUGAUUGGUUCAGUUAGCUUUACUUUACCACAGUAUUGCCCCUAUAGUUCAGCGUUGUGUAGUCUUUUGCUCAGCAUCCUUUUAUACUGGUAUAAUAUUUUAGAGACAGUAUAAUUGAUAUUACAUGGUUAUUUUAAAUGCACGUUAAAUGUAUAUUCUCAUAGUAAUGCCACUCUUUGGAAACCAUAAUGUUUUAUUUACUGGAUCACUGAACUGUGAUUUGUAAUACGCAUACUGUUCAAAUCCUCUGAUUGUCUAAUACAUAAUAUAGUUUAUUUAACAGCUCCUGCUGUAUGAACACUUAGUUUAGCUGUGGUCAUUAUCACUAAAAUGCUGAACGUUACAUUUAACGCAAUUUAUUUAGUUGAAUGGAAAAGUCCAAAGACAUGAACUGGGUUAACUGGCGAUUCCUCUGUGUUAGCUUUGGAGUCUUGAGAUCUGUCCAGUGUGCACCCUGCCUCUUGCCCUGUGAUAGCGGGGAUAGAUGUGUGCUUUCUCAGAUUCUCAGGUCUUUUUUGGAGAUGAUGAAGAAGAUUAUAAUACUUAGGGUAGUGACAUGUCAAAUACAAUCAGUGUGUAGUGUGCCUUGGCUUCUCGGUUUGCUUCAUUGGCGAUGUGUGGUUUAAAAAGACGAAACAACACCAACUUCACAAACCAGCAGCUACACCCAUCAGUGUCUGUGCCAAGUGAGAGGCAUAUACCUAUAUCAGUGCAUGGCUGUGUGGCUGUCUGGCCAUUGUGUGUUCUUUAACUGACACUCGGACUCUUCCUAUGCACCCUUUAGUCUUACUUUAUUGUAAAGGUGGAACCUGUAUGUCGUAUGUUGUUGUAUCCUGUUUGCUUUUAAUGACAGAUAAGAUAAAAUAGUAUUUAAUUGGACUAGAAAAUAAUGCAUCUAUUACAAGGUGAUAUCAAUUUUAAUUUAUUGUUGCACAUUGUACUCAGCUUCGGUUGUAUACUGUAUGUAUUUUGUAUAGAUUCAGUAUCUUAAUCUUGUAUUUAUUUGAGUUAAAAAAAAAAGAAGAAGAAAAUGCCCUAAAAACUUAACACCAUACUGUAGAAAUAACACAUACCAAGUGAGGGCAUGAAAUUUAUUCAACAAAAUGCUGUUUUUCUUCUAAAGAAAAACUUCUUCUCAGUUAUGUCACCAUGAUUUUCUACAGAAGGAAUGCACUGUGUAUCAUGAAAAAUAUCUUCAUCUAUGCAGUUUUUUGUUGAUGAAUGCUCUUUUUUUGUAAAUGCUGUAAAAACACUGGUUAUUCCAGAGGAAAUUAAAGUUAAACAUUGAUGGCUGUUUUAGCUCUUCACGGGGACUGCUGUUUCGCUUUGAGCUUAAUUUUAAUUAGAUGUCCAUGAGAGAGGGCAUUACUCUAAAGCCUUUAGUAAAAAAAGAAUUUCCUGUGCUAAAAAUAGAAAGACAAGAGGCAGAGCAGUGAGGGGAGAAGCUCCAUUGUUAUGCUGAAUUUUAGCCUCUUAAACAAAGCAAA